AUGUUUAAUGCCGAUGCGGUAGAUGGUCUCGAUGCGUUCCAGCACGGCCCAUCGAUGUUUCAGCACUACGUUCGUCGACUUGCAGUACUCUUGGAGCCGCUUCUCCAGCCCCAACUCGUACCCCACGGCAUUCUGCACGUCCAGAAGAAGCAGUGGCUUUGCAACCAGUCGGUACUCCCAGUGCGUCCGCUGCCGCGCCACCUCCUGGGUCUCCUCACGCGUGAGGAAGCCGCUGGUGAAGUACUCCUCGAUGGACGGGAGCAGCUUCUCCAGCCGCGUCUCAAUGGCGCGUGCGCGAGCCAUACUUACUGCUGCCUUAUGUGUGAGUCAAGCAGACCUACCUGGCGCAGCAGGAAGUCGGAAGGAAACAAAGGAAACUGA